UGUUUCUUUGAAUUUCUUUCUAUCAAGCAGUCUCUUAAUUUAUUUUCUUUCUUUCUUUCAUUAAAAAUGAGUUUUGAAAAGAAUUUACAGAUAGUUGAACGUCGUGAAAUGGGCGAACUCUUCAAAAAAGUUAUCAAAUUGAUGCAAGAAAUAGUUGCAAGUUUGGGAUUUUUGGCAAUUGAUCCUGAACCUGGUUUUUCGAAAAAUAUUAAAGUCAGUAAAUCUACUUCAAAAUCAAAGUCUCCAUCUCGUAAAACUUCUCGAAGUCGCCCAAGAAAACGUUCGAGUUUGAAUUGUCCUCCAUGUCCAAUGCCUUCUAAACUCAAAAAUCCUCUCGAAAGGCAACACACGGAAACAAAUGUUAAACCACCUGUUUCGCAUCGGUUAUUAAACUUAGAAAAACAACAAGAACAAGAAAUGUUUAAAUAA